GGGAGGGAGACAGCGAUGUUGAUAUGAGCGAGAGUGAGGACGAGGAGGAAGAGGAGGAUGAUUUUGGGGAGGAGGGGAUUGAUCUGGCGACUGCGCUGGAUCAGUAUGAGGAGGAGGAGAGGGAGGAGAAGAAGGAGCGCGAGAGGAAGAAGAAGAAGGCUGCGCACGUGAGUGACAGCGAGGAGCCGAGUGAGGGUGAGGAUGUUGGCCGCGAUGGCGCGAGUGAUCUGUCUAGUGAUGAUGACGAGGAUGAGGAGGAUCGCCAGGCACAGCUCAAGGAUCUGAUUUCGUCGCUUGCCGCAGGCGACGAGGACAGGCCGAAAGGCAAGAGGGUCGAGGUCCACGAGUCUGCGGCGCCCGAUGAGUUCGGUGUGUCGCGCAAGGUGGAUUUGUUCAGCCUGAAGCCCAAGGCGGGCGACGAUGAGAAGAAGAGGGCACUCAAGUUGCUGCGCGACGACAAAAACUCGAAGCGAAGUGACAUUGCACGGAAGCUGGAGGCGCCUCUACCCAAGCGCCAGCAAGACAAACUCGACCGCGCUGCCGCCAACGCGAAAACCAACGAGACCCUCGACCGCUGGACCGACACCAUCAAGCAGAACCGCCGCGCCGAGCACCUCUCGUUCCCGCUGCAGCACAAAGAUGCCGGCAAGGCCAUGGGCGAAGACCGUCUCCUCCCCACCACCACCGCCGCCCCUGCCAACGACCUCGAAAGCACCAUCCAGUCCAUCCUGCAGCAGAGCGGCCUCUCCAACGGCAAAGACGACGAGGAGCAGAUUCAGAAGUGGGAGAUCCUGCAAACAAACAAGCUGCCGAUUGAGGAAGUCGAAAGGCGCCGUGCACAGCUGCGCAUGGAACGCGAGCUCCUCUUCCGCGAGGAAGUGCGCGCCAAGCGCAUCAAGAAGAUCAAGAGCAAGGCCUACCGCCGCGUGCACCGCAAAGAGCGCGAGCGCCUGCUGGAGAAGGAGCGCGAGCAGCUCAAGGCCGAUGGCGUCGAUCUGUCCGAAGACGAGCGCGAGCACAACGACCGCCGCAGAGCCGAGGAGCGCAUGGGCGCCAAGCACCGCGAGAGCAAGUGGGCCAAGGGCAUCAAGGCGACGGGUCGCGCCAAUUGGGACCAGGAUGCGCUUGCGGGCGUUACGGAGAUGGCCAAGCGGAACGAGGAGCUGCGGCGCCGCAUCGAGGGCAAGGAGGUCCUCGACUCGGAUGACGAGGCGUCGGAUGUCCCCAGUGAUGGAGAGGACAGCGACGACGAGUCGGCCGACGACGACGAGCUGCUGCAGCGCCAGCUAAACCAGCUCGAGAACCCGUUCUCCGAGAAGGGCUCGAAGCUGGGCCAGAUGGCGUUCAUGCAAAAGGCCGAGAAGGCGAAGCGCGCACAGAACAACGAGGCUAUUGAAGGCAUGCGCCGCGAGCUGACUGGGGAGAACAGCGAGGACGAGAUUGCGGAUAACGCUACACGUAAUGGACGCCGCAAGUACGGGCCUGGCAAGGUUGUCACGACAGCUAUCCCGGUCAAGGGCAGCGAAUUCGAGGAGCGCGCUGGCUCUGAUGAGGAGAACGAGGAAACUGCUACAGGCGGACUGUCGAACGGCACACGCAAGAACGAGAAGCCUAAGAACCCCUUCUCGACCGGCGCAUCCAACACCCGCAAGACACAGAGCAGAAAUGCAAACGCCGAACCCGAGGCCGACGCAGCAAACCCCUUCCUCGCCAAAGCAGCCAAGGCAAAGAAGAGCAAAAAGGACGAUGCAGCCGACGACCUCCUCCCCUUCACCGACUUCGCCGACGAAGACGACGACCAGCCCGCCCCCUCCGAAACAGUCGACGACUUCCUCCAACAGCGCAUCACAACCGCCGACGCCGACGGCUGGGCGACCGUCCUCAGCGGCCAGCAAUCCGAAUCCGAGCUCGACGCCGACUCCGACGAAGGCGACGACCUCGACCUCACAAGCCUAGCCCGCAACCACGCACUGACCGCCAAGGGCUUCGCGGGCGACAACGUCGAAGCCGACUUCCGCGCCGAGAAGGCCGCCACCACCACCGACGACGCCGCAAAGGAAACAACCACCUUCCUGCCCGGCUGGGGCGCCUGGGCCGGCGACGGCAUGACCAAGGCCGAGAAGCGGCGCAACCGCGGCUGGCGCACGACGACGGUGACGCCUGGUGUCGACGCCUCCGCGCGCGCAGACCGGAAACUGGACCGCGUCAUCAUCAGCGAGAAGGUCGUCAAGCCGAAUAAAAAGUACAUGGCCGGCAGCUUGCCUUUUCCGUUCGAGACACGAGAGCAGUAUGAAAGGAGUCUCAGGCUGCCCAAGGGCAGGGAGUGGACGAGUAAGCGGACGCAUCAGGACGCUGUGUUGCCAAGGGUUUUGGUCAAGGGGGGCGUUAUUGGGGCGAUGCGGAAGCCGCUUGCGUAGGCGUUUGCGUGGACGUUUGUACUGGGGUGAGCGGGGCCAUGGGGGGGGCGUUUUGGAAAAGUUAUAUCU